GUUUGAGCAGCAGUGCCGCGAAGAGUUUCGAAGGAAAAUGCAGAGGAUCAUCGCACUUUUGGCCAUUUUGGCACUUGGACUAUCUUAUGUGGAGGCCCAGAGCUGUCAGGUGUGCCAGACGGAUAAUGCUGUUUACUGCAUUAACCAGACUUCGUAUCAGAAUUGCAUGAAAAAUGCUCCAUUUGGAGAUGUGAUCAACUGUCCUACGGAUCAGGUUUGCUCGAAUUCCGACGAGGUUUGUGUGGAUAGCUCUGAAUUGUCCUCAACGGUCUUGGAUGUAUGUGGAACCUCUACCGAAAACGGCGCUGAAUGCGAAGUGUGUUCGACAGACGCAAAAUACGCUUGUGUCAGCCAGACGCAGUUUGCCCGUUGCUCCUCCAGCGGAACCCUACUGACCACCACCGUCUACAGUUGCGCUGCCAAUGAGAUUUGUGCUGUGGAAGCCUACACCGAUUAUCAAACCGUUUGUGUGCCUUCCUGUGCCGCUGAAUUUAUGAGUUUGAAUUAUACGUGCAGCAAUAGUGUCUAUGUGGCCACCACAACGACAGCUGCUCCGGCAACAACGCCAAGUGCCACGCAAAAGCAGCAACUUUGCGCAGAUAACGAGCCAACUACCAGUCCCUCAUACUUCUUUACCAGGAACACCGACGACUCCACGUGCGGCAGCUACCUGUACUGCCAGAAGUCAGGAACCAGCUGGGUGGCCCUCUACAUGACCUGUGCAUCCAAAACGCCCUACUACGAUUCCACCACUAGCAUGUGUGUGAACACCAAGCCCACCAGUUGCUCGGUAACGACCACCUCAACUUCCACGACUACCACUACAACAACGUCUUCUACUAGUGAGGAUUCUACAACGACUGUUUCUGGUAGUACUGAUACGGAGGCAUCUUCAGCAGAUGACUCCACUACAACCGCAUCUACUUCUGUUUCUUCAUCGGAAGAUACUACCGCUUCUGAUGCAUCCACUACUGUUUCUUCUUCAAGUGAAGAUUCUACCACUACUGUUUCCUCUUCAACUGAAGACUCUUCCACUACUGAAUCUUCUACUAUUGCAUCUUCAACGGAAGAGUCUACUACUACAAUAGCUGACGCCACCACAACUGUUUCCCCGUCAAGUGAUGCUACCACGGAAUAA